AAUAUCUCUAUAAAUUAAUAAAAUUUUAAAGUCUCAACAUUAUUAAUUUAUAGAGGUUCUACUGUAUAUAUAAUCGCGACCGACGGUUCGAGAAAAAAAAAGUGUUUUGAGAUUUGACUUUGGGAGUUUUAAUAUAAACCAAAUAAAUAAAUAACAGUGUGCAAAUGUAGAUCUUGAUCUAUAUUAAAUUUUGUGUUCCUCCAGCAGGAAAUGCUCAAAAUAAAUAGGUUGACUUUUGAUUUGAUGUAUGCACAUAGAUCCUAUAUAUAAAAUUAAGAAAAUCAACGAAUCACGAUAAUUAAGUCCCCAAACUAGUUAAAACAUAAGGAAGGAGUGCUUUCUAUCUCACGAGAUUCCAAUUUGCAUUCCUAAUAUUUUUUUGUAAACAAUAAAUAUAAUGAAGGUGGAGUCAAACCAAUUGCUAAUGACUCGGAACCGUGAGAAAUGGUGAUGCAUCCCUAGAAGAGAUCACAUAUAGGGAAGAGGAAGAAACACUAAUUAAUCACUCAUGUGGAUUCGUUACCACUAAGCUCGCUUGUACCAUGUGAAUCUCUAUAUCCUAAUGUAUUUACACGACACAAUAUGUAUAUAUACGCUAUUUGUAUUUAGAUUACUAGUAUAUACAUGCAUGUGUUUGAGUGAUUCCCCAAUCCUCAUCUUACGAAACUUGUCUUGAGACUAGCAAAUGUUAUUAAUACACUCGCCCUCUCUUUUUCGGAAUUAGGAAGUUUCAUGCGUUUGUUCCUUAAUCUCUUUAAUGUUGAUUUUAUAAAACUUUAAUCCUAAACCUAUUACUGUGUACAAUUUCUCUGACUAGUUUUCUCGCAACCAAUGGUCUCUACAAGAACAUUGUCCAUAUUUCAAAGCAAUGAAACGGACUAAGUACUCUCACCGCUACUUCCUCUUUGUGAUCUUCAAUAUGAACUUAAUAGCACUGUGACAAUCCAAACAAGACCUCAAGUUCUUGAACACCUUAUCCUCCGUUCUUUCCUAGGUUCGACUUGAAGAACUUUUUCUCGUGAAACCGGUUCUGGAUCAGUCUGUGAGGCAUAAGAAGAAGACAAUGUUUCUCUUGAAUAUCAAAGGCGGAAGGUAAUUCCACACUUGUGAAGUAAAAAUCUCGCCACCCAUAACAUAACAGCUGAAUAAACCUUCUGAACUGACAACAUAAAAUAAUUUAUGUACAAAAACAAAAGCUCCGUUGCCGGGAAUCGAACCCGGGUCUCCUGGGUGAAAGCCAGAUAUCCUAACCGCUGGACGACAACGGAUGGGUUAUUAACUCUAGAAAACAUAGAUAUCCAAAUGAAUAAAUCAUUAUUCCAUGGAAUCUAUUCAUCUUUUCGUUGUAUAAUAAUGGAAUUACCCUUUCUCUUUGUUCCUUGUUUUACUCGAGAAAACAGCAUCUUAUUGGUUAUUCGUCUUUAAAAGAUAAAACUAAGACCAUCCAAAACAUUCAGCUUUUUAGCUGUAGAGAAUGAAAGAAUCGUUUAAAGUACAUGAAGUAUCGUUUGUUUACCAAUUACCAACAAUAUCUUCAGAUAGUAUAAGUGAUUAAAACAUAUGUGAAAUCAUUCAUAAAGUAUAAUCUUAUUAUUUAUUCAUUUCCUAAGAUAAACAAAUAUAAAUUCUUAAGUUAUGAGUUUUUAUAAGUCCUAACUAGUUCAUGGUAAUCAAGUAGUUAAGAAAUUCAUUACUACGAUCGGGUUUGAAGGAUUAUGGUUCUUACUUCCCUACACCUUAUUCAUUUAUGGUUGGUAACGACUAAGCUUUCUUUGUUUUUUUUGGGGUCAAAAGUAACUAAGCUUUCAUAAGUCUAAAGAUCAGCAAGGAUUUCAGUUCAAGAACCCAAUUAUGUAUAUAUGAACUUUCUUUGGUGUUUGCUGGAUUGUAAUUUGUAUGUCGUGAACAAUGAGGUUUGAUGUGUUAUGGAAAAUGUAUUGUAUAUAGGGAGACUUUGAUCAAUAAUCUAAGGUAUUCUUUCACAAAAUAUAAGAUAUAUCAUAUCCAAUUAUUCCUUGUACAUAUUCAAUGAUCGAUGGUACAAUGUUAUAAGUUUUGUAUUUUUCGAGAUUGGCUUAGUCAAAUCAUCAGGUUCUUGCUUAUUCACCAAAGAUAUCAUUGGAUUCUCGCAGAUAGAAACGACAAACCUUAUCCUCCAAGUAGAUAGACAAAGCAAAAGCUAUGGUUUGCUACAGCUUUGUAAGAAAAUAUUUUAAAAAGGAGUGGAGAAAAAAAAAGAAGGUUAGAGAGACACAUGACGUGAACCCACAAGAGGAAUCUAAUCAAUCAAUGGUAUCAAUAUCUGGGUCUCCUUAUUACAACUCCAGACGUUUCAGUUCAUCUUUCAAAGAAAACGAUUCUCGUGAAAAAAUCUGAUUAGUUGGGCAUAUGUCAUGUUACAAAUGGCUAUAGUAACCGUUUCCUUUUGUCCGUCCGUUAAGCUUCCUUUUGGCCUUUAUUGUGUAAUGUGUAUAUGGAAUUAGACAUUAGGCCUAGGCGUUCGGUGGACGGUUCGGUUGCGGUCAGGAUAAUUUAGAUUUUCGGAUUUUCGGUUUUAUGCUCAAAAGUACCAUUCGGGUUUUACUAAUUAUCGGAUCGGUUUCGGUUCGGUUCCUUCCGGGUUCGGUUCGGAUCGGAUGUAACCAUUGUUUAAAAUCGUCCAAAAAUAUUUUUUUUUAAACCUUAAAAAUUGACAAUUUUUUUUUCAAAAUAUAUAAAUUGUUUACAAAUCUAAUUAAAAAUUAGUUAAACUAUCUAAAUUAACUAAAAAGUAUUCAAAAUAACAAUUAAAAUAAACUAAAAAAAUAUUUUGAAUAUCCUAAAAUAUCUAAAUCAUCUUAAAUAUAUAAAAACUUUAACAUAUUUAACUAAUUUCGGAUAUCUUCGGAUCGUAGUUCGGAUGUCAGUUCGGUUCGGAUUAUAACCAAACACCAAAGUACUAAGCUCAUAAGUUCUGUUCGGAUAUUUUUGUAUAACAGUUCGGAUUCGGUUUCAGUUUUUCUGGUUUGGGUCUAGGUAGGUACUUCGAGUUGAGUUAAAAACACCCAGGUCUAUUAGACAUAUUGCAUGCUACGAUGUUCGGGAAUAUUUUUUGGAUUAGGAAUCAAAUAUAUUAUUUUGAAAAAUUAAAUGAUAUAAAAACUUGGUUCAUUUUUUUUUUCAAAAAAGAAAUUGGUUGAUAUUUGCGUAUGGCUAGCAAGAAAAAGCGUCGAAUAAAGCUGAUUUGUGUGGUGGGAUCAACAUUGGAUUGUGCGAAAAGAUCCUUUAUGCUCAUUGGUAAUUUGCUAGUGUUCUAGUUCAAAAAUAUUUACAUCGCCUUUUUUAUUCUACAAAUUUAGAAUAAUUAGAAAUACAGUAUGAACUUACUUACACCUAAAAAAAAAACUCACGCACGUUAGUAUAGUAACAAGCACGAUGAAUGAAUAGAUAAUUUUGCUAAGCCUUCUUUAUUUUAAAUAAUAUGUUUAUAUAGAAUUCAUUGAAAAAAUUAUUAUUUUAUUUUAUAAGCUUAAUGAAAAACAAAUUUACUUUAUUUUUGUAGAUGUUUUACUAAUACAAAAAAUAUAUCUUUCUUUUUGGAUUAACAAUGAGUAUUCUUGAUCUAUGAAAAUAUUUAUAUUAAUCUCUGUAAAAAUGCAAUGCAUGGAUGUAUCAUCUCUUUGGAUAUUCAAAUGAAGUUUAAAGCAUGAUCAUACGAGUUUAGUGUCAUGGAACUGAUUCUAAAUUCCAGAUUUUCCUAAAGUUUGUCUACCAGUAAACAUCCCAAUCAAUAAAAAAAUAUAAUUAUGUUCUUUUCACUCUUUUUAUUUUACUUUUCCAAUUUAUCAUUUUCUAAAAUAAAUGAUCAAGUGUGGUGUUAGUACGUACUAGUCAUAAAGCCUAUAGUUAUUUGCAAAUUAUAAACACGCUGUUACACUAUAAUUAUACAAUCUGAUUUAUUCAAUGGUGUACAAGGGCAACCACUGAUGUGAUGAUGAAUAAUACGCAGUGUAAUUCUAUACAUUUUUUUCACAACCCAUUUUUUCUAAUUUAGAAAAAAAUAUACUCAGGAUGGGAGAAUUUAAGAAUCUUGAGUAAGAAAUCACUAAUACAAAAUAAUAACAAGUUUACACAAAACUAGAUAUUGUGUAUUUAUGUUAAAGGCAAAACAAAAGGAAAGAAAUAUCAAAACAAAUAUAUAAAUAAAUAAGAGAAUAAACAUACUAUAUAAGUUUAGUGUAAUUGUACGGUCUCAUCCGUAAGUUGUACGGUCUUAUCUGUGUACGGUCUUAUCUCAAAAAGAUUCUUAGUUCCAGUUAAAGAUAGUCUAAUUAACUAAAACUUUACAUAAAUACCCUCGUGACUUCACUUAUUUACAGCGGCUACAAUUCACCGCGUACUUCUUCUUCUUCCCUAAUCUCUUUUCUUCUUAUCAUCUCACCUUCUUCCUUCUUCUUUCUUCUAUAUAAACGAUCUUCUAGCUUAUUUGUCUUAUAUUGUUUCUGAUGGUGCAAACAGAUACAGAUCAAAGAAUGAGUCUUGAUUUGAAUCUGUACUCUUUAGCAAAACCCUUAUCUCAAUUUCUCAACGAUGUGUCUAAAAUCAAAGACAAUCAUUCAAAACUGUUUGAAAUAGAUGAAUAUGUCGGAAAAUUGGAGGAAGAGAGGAAGAAGAUCGAUGUUUUCAAACGUGAACUCCCUCUAUGCAUGCUCUUGAUGAACGAAGCGAUUGAGAGGUUGAAGGAAGAGGCUUCAUCAGUAAAACUGGAAAUUGAUAAUAAGAAGAACUGGAUGAACUCUACCCAGUUAUGGAUCUCGAAGACUAACCCCCAGUUGCCAUCGACAAACGGAGAAGAAGACCGGUGUGUGACUCAGACCUGUAGUAAUAAUAAUAACUCUAACCAAGGAGGGGCAAUUCUGUCAUUUAACGUCCCUCCCCGACCACCUCCUCUGUCUCUCAGGACUCCAAUAUUGACUGACUAUAGCAGCAGAAUUGAGCAGAGUCAUCCAAUUCAGAAGAAAGAGCUGAGAAGGAGAUGGUCUGAGGAUCUUCACCGGAGGUUCGUUGAUGCUCUUCAGAUGAUUGGAGGGUCACAAGUGGCAACACCAAAGCAGAUUAAAGAUAUCAUGAAAGUUGAUGGUUUAACCAACGAUGAAAUCAAGAGCCAUUUACAAUGUGAAAUGAUAAACCUCUUGCAGAAAUAUAGAAUGCAUAUCCACAAGCAUCCAGCAAAGAUUUUGACUGCCUCUGAUCAGCAUGGUUUGUCGAGGUCGGAUUCACCACAAGGCCCGCUUGUUGAUAGAGGUUUGUUCAGCAACAAUGGACAUAGCUCAGAGGAAGAAGAGAAAUCUGAUGGACGUAGCUGGAAAAGUGAAUCAAGGAGGAAGAGACAAGGGUUGUUGGAUCUUGAGCUUUGAAGAUCAAUCAUAUAAUACUAUGCAAUAGUGAUGAAUGAUAAAGUUACCAACUUAUGUUAGGUAUACAAUGCUCAAAACUUAAAAGUUGUAGAUGUAAACAUGAGAGGGGGGACAUAAACAGAGGAUUUUGUGCAAUAUAAUAGAUAGAGAGAAAGAGAUCAAAAUCCUCAGUUUGUGUUUUUUUUUUCUAAUUUCAUAAGAAAGGGAAAUUAAUAAAUCAAAGAUUUUGUUUUUGUUUUUGUUUUUCUAAUUAGUCUCCGGUCUCAUGUGCAAGAAAGUGUCAUAUGUAUUGGCAAAUCUAUGG